AUGGCGCUGAGACGCAGGGGUAAACGCCAGUCCACAAUAGCAUCUGGCGAUGCCAGUGCAGAUUCAAUACAACUAGAAUCCGUUGCCGAAAGAAAUGGCGCCAAAAUCAGUAUGGCUCAAAUAGAUGAGAAACUGACGAAACUGGCCGACAUAACAAGGGCAGAUUUCGUUCUAAGCCAAUCAGCGCAACGAAAUCUGCCCUUGUUGGCCGACAUUGUCAGUAGCUUUGCUCCUGUUAUCGAAGAGCUCAAAACUGCAUAUGAUGCUGCCCAGCAGCAGGAUGACACAGAGCUCUCUGAGGGUGAACUUGAUGAAAAUUUGCCCGAUCAAAAUGCGACCACAAAUGACAACACUGUCAAUAAUGCAGCUAGCAUUCUGGCUUCUGGGCUAAAUGAAUCAGCUCUUAACAAACGUAAAGAGAAAAUCCACCGGCCAGCAAACUGCAACCUCUUACGUGUCACUAAGGUGAACUCCAAAAUAUGGGAUGUUGCCCAAAAAUCCACACAUAGUAUGGAUGCUCGAUUGCAAAAGCUUCAGAAAGCCUUAGUGAAGGGCCUCACACCAAUUGCCCAGAUUGCAGGGCUGGUUGGGGACUCUUUAGGUAAAACUCCUGGCAGUACAAUUGCAAUACCUCCAGAAGAUCUCUGGGAGAGCUUGUUUAAAGCCGAUCUUGAUGCAGAUUAUAAGGCUAUUUGUAGCAACAAACAGCCUGCUGGGCUGGAAUUGUUUGGGGAUGAUCUGGCUGAACACCUUAAAACUGUCAAAGAAAGCAAAAAGGCUGCCCAGCAAUUAACAGGCCAGAAACGGAAAUGGGAGGAAUCGCAUAGUAGAGGCUCCUCAUCCUCUAGGCAACAUUUUUUAUUCCCUCCCCGGGGCCGCAGGACCGCCCCCGAAGGAAGUUCCAGCGCCCACAAUAUCCAUCAGGAAACAAACGAGCAAAAUUAG